AUGACUCCUCCGGUGUCUUCAAAAUGUGCUACACCUCUGGUGACUACGUCCUCCAGUCUGCUUAAAAUAAUGCACCUCAACGCCCAGUCAUGCAGUAACAAAGCUCUUGAGCUUGCAGACACCAUCACUGAUGAUAGCUACGACAUCGUUUUCCUUAGUGAGACAUGGUUUAAAGAAGUUGGUGAUGAGCCAAGAACCACUGAGCUAACGCCACCAGGCUUUAUUUUCAAGAGUCUACAUCGAAAAACAGGCAGCGGAGGGGGUCUAGCAAUACUGUACAGAGAUAGUCUAGCCAAGUAUGUAACAAUAAGACCUGAAAGCUCAACGUACACCACCUUUGAGAUGUGCGAGUUUCAUCUUUCCCACCACAGUAGAACUUUGACUUUUAUUUUCCUGUACCGCCCACCACCAAGCAAGAGAAAUAAAUUGACAACAAAAGUUUUCAUCGAAGAAUUUCAAGACCUCCUUGACAGUCACAUAUCAACAAAAGAUCUAUUUGUCAUAGGCGAUGUGAACUUGCAUUUUGACAGUGAAAAUGAGACAUACGCGAUGCUAAAAAUGCGCUAA